AUGUUGCGCGCAUUUUACCGAGACAAUCGCAUGGUCCCCUUGGGGAUCAUGCUGUUGACCUUCUUGGUCUUUGUCUAUCAUUUCGAACUCGAUCGCCAGGGCCCACUGGGCGAGAUCCCCGCCGCUGCGGUCCCUGACAAACUGGUUGUUGAUACUCCACGAACACAUUCCAGCCCUGUCGUGGAGAUUGUUGAUCCGGUCGACGAUGCUGCAGAGCAACUGGCUCACCCUGCCAUUCCUUCCGCCGUUCCUUCCUCUAAGCCCAAAGUGCCUGCUAACAGCGGCACCACUACACACUCGUUACAUCUCCCCAAAACCAUCAACUCCGACGAUGUCGUUCUUAUGUUCAAAACCGGCGCCACAGUCCUGUGGAAACGAGUUCCCAUCCAUUUGGCCACUAGCCUCUCUCCUAAUCGUAUCAACCCGAACAACGUCCUUCUUUACUCUGACUACCCCGAAACCAUCGGGGACUGGGAUUUCAUCGAUGUCCUAGCAAACACCUCCGAUGCAGUGCGCCACUCGGAGAAUUUCCAACCGUAUCGUCAACAAGAAGACUACGAAUCACGGCAAAACUACGCCGAGAUCUCCAACGUGCCUGGUGACUCCGCCGGACCUGCAGGUGGUUGGAAACUCGACAAAUACAAAUUCCUGCCGAUCGUCCAGCAUGCAGGUCGCAAUCGGCCCGAUGCCAAGUGGUACAUCUUCAUGGAAGAUGACUCUUAUAUCUUCCUCCCGAAUUUACUCCGUCAUCUGGAGCGAUUUGAUCACCGCGAGCCCUGGUAUCUGGGCAGCCUAGCCUGGAUUCACGGCGACUACUUCGCCCACGGUGGUUCUGGCUUUGCGAUUUCUCGCGGCGCAUGGGAACAGAGCUUCGGCAAAGAUCCCAACAUUGUGGAGAAGUACCAGACCUUCACCGAAGCCCAUGGAUGUGGCGACCACAUCCUGGGACAUGUUUUGAAAGAAUACGGUGUGCAGUUUGGUGAGACUCACGGUGACAAUCGCUUCCGGUAUGGAUUCAAUCCCGAGUCGCACUGGUCGACCUGGUUUGAGCAAGCCAAUUGGUGCAAGCCGGUCUACAGCUGGCACCACACCCAUUCCAAAGAUGUUGCGCGCUUCUACGAGCUAGAGAAAUCUUGGAACUUUGAACAGGGUCCCUUGAGAUUCCAGGAUAUUUUCAAGGCAAUGAUUGCCCCCUAUCUUCAUUCGCGGGUGGUGUGGUGGGACAACUGGUCCUCCAAGUUUGAGAUUCGAUCAAACAAUGCUCAGGACGCAAAGCCUCCAAGCUCUGUGAAGUCCACCGACACCUGGCGCAAUGCCUGGCAGUCAGUUGACGCCUGCGAGGCCGCCUGCGUGUCUUGGGCCGACUGCGUGCAAUGGUCUUUCUAUGAAGAUCGCUGCAAGAUGGACAGUAUGAUUCUGCUGGGCAGCGGUAUCCCCGAAAGCGAUUCCCGUCGCCAAACGACCUUGCCCUGGGUCAGUGGAUGGCUUCCACGACGAGUGGAAAAUUGGGAAUGCUAA